UGAACCUUCCAAGGUCGGAAUUCAAUCCGGCUAUCUCGAUCCAAACAUAUAUAAACCCUUAGGCACCCCCCAGACUAUCAUCCAUCAUCCUCAGAUACUAUCGAUUCCACACUCACAAAAAAAGCCUCCUAUAGAACUUACUCGCGGUUUUACAAGCCCGCGCUCUUUAAAUAUGCCUCAAUCACUCAACAAUGGAACUGAGGAGAGAUCUCAGCCAUGGAAGACGAUGCAGGAAGUCCAAAAUCUGUACAAGCCAGAGCCUGCCCCUCGUGAUGCGAAUGCCGACAUCGCCGCCGAUAUCGAGUCCAAGGAGAUUGAAGACGAGCCUUUGAAGCUCAAUGGCCUCAAGCUGCAAUUCAACUCCGCAAGAUCUAACAUUGCGAAUGUGGAGGAGCAACACUGAGUGCAUUUGAGACCCGCGCUAUCGUACUCAGGGCCACUGAGAGAAUUUGGCCUCAAGGUCAGGCCUGACAGACCAAUUUGUCAUUCAUUCGCUAUAUACGUGGACUUGCCUGUGUUCCUUCUUGUUAGAAAUGACAACAUUUAAAUAUUGGAAUCGAACAUGUGUGCAC